AUUAGAUUCUCAAUCUAUUCUGAAGAAGCAAAUAAUAUUUAAAAGUCUGCAAUCGAAAUAAAUAUUUUUUGCUUCUUCGGCUCGCUUUGCCUUUCGAAGAGAUUAUUAUUAUCUGUUAGAUUCGAUUCCAUUCCAAUUCAAAGGUUGGUGAGUUGUUUUCACUUCUCGAUGGAGGUUUCCCAACAGCUCCGUUGCUUCUCCUCGAAGCCUUCGCCGCCGCCGUUUCCAGCGGCGGAAAGAACCUCCGUGAAGGCGUCGUUUUCCGCCGGAAUACCCACAACAAGAAUAAGGCCGAGUUUCACAGGUAUGAAGACCGAGUUUCUCGAUUUGGGCCACCUGGAGUACUACCACACGCCCAAGCCCAGGCCCAGAUUGUGUGUUGUUACUGCCAAGAAGAAGAACGAUAAGGAGAAAGUCAUGGCUUCGAAGAAGAAGAAGAAGACGUUGAAGCUUCUCAAGGCGUUGUCUCAGAACUUGUCCGUCUUCUCUGAUGUUUCUCAACUUCAGGAUCAUCAGGUUUUGGAAUCUGCAGAUGUACUACUUAAACACCUUGAAAAGCUCAGAGCAGAGGAGAAAGAGUUAAAGGUGAUGAAGAAACAAGACAAGGCUAAUCUCAAAGCCGAGCAGAUGGCGAUUAUGAUUGACAAUGACUCAUCAUCAUCUUCAUCAUCAUCGGAAUCGAGCGAAUCAAGCGACAGCAAGUGCGGUGAAGUGAUUGACAUGAACCGCCUCAGAAGCCAAAAUGCAGCCCAACAUUAUUAUGACGACUCGUUGUCCGCGGCUGCUCAAGUAGCCGCAGUGUUAGCAGCCUCACUUCGGAGCCUUCCAACUGCAAACGCAACCGAGGAGGAGCGUGGUUCUGAAGAUGUCACGAGUUUAUUGCUGCAAAAACACGAAAAGGAAUCCGAAUGCAGGCCAACAACUAGUGGUUGUUGUAGCAAGAGAGUGGAUGUGUGUAUGGGCAACAAGUGCAAGAAGUCGGGAAGCGUGGCGUUGAUGGAGGAAUUCGCGAGGCAGAUGGGCGGGGAAGGCGCCGUUGUGGGGUGCAAGUGCAUGGGCAAAUGCAGGUCUGCUCCGAACGUCAGGGUUGUGAAUAGUACUAGGGUUGAGGGAGCAACAGAUGUGUGUGUUAGGACAGCAAAGAAUGGUAAUCCGCUCUGCCUUGGGGUUGGACUGGAAGAUGUGAGUGCCAUUGUCGCUAGUUUGGUGGGAGAAGACACUAGAGAUUUUGGUUUGGCUGCUGCAGUUUAGAAGAAAAGCUUGGGGAAAACUAUUAGAUUGAGAUUGCAUUGCAUGCUAUUGGGAAUUUGGGAUGUUCAAGUCCAACCAAAGAGUGUUACAGUUGGACUAGAUACAAGAUUUUAUGUGAAUAUACAGAUCUUUUUCCCCUUCAGUUGUUUUAAGAUAUUAAUGCUACACCUCAAUUUAUCAAGUGAAUAUGUGAUAUUACUUUCUAGCA